CAGGUCAAAUAUGGCCGAUAACAAACAGACUUGGUCUCUGAAUUGUGGGGGUGUUGAGACUGAGAACCCCUCAAGUCCAGUUUCUUCUCGCCUACCUCCGUCCAUGGACACAUUCACUUUCGAUCUAACCGAAUGAAAAGCUAAAGCUCGAAAGACAUCGAUCGUUUUUCAUGGUCGAAUUCCACUGAUCUCUCUCUCUCUCUCUCUCUCUCUCUCUCUACGCCAGGGAGAGAAAGCAAGGAGAGUGGCCCAAUUCCCGAUCCCUAUCAUGCCAUUGAAAUCCUUCAACUCCUUCGCAGUCGCACUCAUGCUCGGCUUCGCUCUCGUCAUCCUCUUCUUCUCCGGCCUCCUCGAAUUCCCGUCCGCUGCUUCUCCGAUCCCGCCCGUCAAGCACACCGAUUCUCACCCGCGAUCCGUGCCGGAGCCGUUCCGGGACCUGUUGGCUGCGUUCAAGAAGUGGGACGCUCAAGUGGGUUGUUCUCGCUUCAGAGAGAAGCACAAACGGCCGCCAGAAAAUGGGUCCUCUUCAUCGGCGCUGCAAGAGGGCGGCGGUGAAUUGGGUUGCGGCGAGCUGAAAAUGAAACAUGUGAGUGUUUUGGUUAAAGGGUGGACUUGGAUACCCGAUAAUUUGGAUAAUUUGUAUUCUUGCCGCUGUGGGUUGAGUUGUCUGUGGACCAAAUCUUCGGUUCUUGCUGACAAGCCUGAUGCUUUGUUGUUUGAGACCACAACACCUCCAGUUCAGAGAAGCAAUGGCGAACCUCUUCGUGUGUACAUGGAUCUUGAGCCUGGCAGAAAGCGAUCAGGUUUUGAAGAUCUGUUUGUUAGUUAUCAUGCCAAGGAUGAUGUUCAGUCUACUUAUGCCGGUGCUCUUUUCCAUAACAAUCGAAAUUAUUACUUGUCGUCCUAUAAACGCAAUGAUACACUUGUUUAUUGGUCCUCAUCUCGUUGCCUUCCUCGAAGAAACCAGAUCGCGAGGAGUGUGCUCAGUUUGCUGCCUCACCACUCAUUUGGAAAGUGCCUGAACAAUGUAGGGGGCCGAGACGUGGCGCUUAAUCUCUACCCCGAGUGCCUCAAAGAUGCUAGUUCGGCCCCUAAAUGGUGGGACCAUUUACACUGUGCCAUGUCUCACUACAAGUUCGUGCUUGCAAUUGAAAACACCGCGACAGAGAGCUAUGUCACAGAGAAACUAUUUUACGCCCUGGAUUCAGGAUCGGUCCCAAUCUAUUUUGGUGCCCCAAAUGUCUGGGACUUCGUCCCCCCACAUUCGAUAAUAGACGGGGCGAAAUUCUCGUCCAUGGGGGAACUAGCUUCUUAUGUGAAGGCCCUCGCGAAUGAUCCUGUCGCCUAUGCAGAGUACCAUGCAUGGAGAAGAUGCGGCGUGUUAGGUAACUAUGGGAAAGCGCGUUCGCUGAGCCUAGACACGCUGCCAUGCCGGCUGUGCGAGGCAGUGAGAAGAAGGGGCGGGAGAAAAGCAAAAGCUUUGUGAGGUUGGCCCCGUGGUCUGUCCAAAUUGCUUCAUAUUUUUUUUUUCAUCUUUUCGUAUUGUUUCCACCACUUAGAUGAUGGAGCUGUGACGAUAUAGUGAUUUAUUAAUUAAAAGACGUAGCUUGUAUUUAGCGAGACCUCUUCUAGCCUCAAUGUAGCAAAGGAAACAAGAAAAAGAGAUUUGGUCGAUGCCUAUUUUCUUU